GAACACAAAAGUCGGCACCAUGGCGAAAAUGCAUGUUUUUUUUGUCGUACUGAGCACCUGUUUUGUUGGGUUUUCCGUCGCAGAAAUUUUACAAUUUAGGAACACCUCGUCAACAGGACAAGAAUGGUACACGCGCAGCAGGCCAGCCACGCGUCAGGUGGCAAGCUGCCCAGGCGGACAUUGUCACUCGAGAAAUUGCUGCUCCUUCUACUGCCUCGUGGGUGAAUCGUGCUUGAUGAUAACAGGCAAACCAUUCUGCGUUGAUGUAGCUGGACAACCCUAUGAUGCUCCCCAUUGCGUCGAAACGCGUUGUCUUGAUUGCCCCAUUUCGUCCGGAUUGUACUGUUCGACCACCAUGUGCGCAGAUCUUGAGGCAUAUCCCUCCAUGGUGAUGUGUGACUUUAGCAGUAUUCGCGGUCCCGUCCGAUCUUAGGGGUGAUCCAGGUUUUUAGGUUUAAAAGUGCUUGUCAAAUGUAAGAGUCAACUCAACAUCUCUAAAUUAAAUAAAUGCCAAUUAUCUUAAA